AUGAGUAGAUUCGAUCAGAAUCCGUUCGAUGAGGAAACGGACAAUAAUCCCUAUUCUCAAUCGGGUCGGCAAGUCGGCGGUUCGUUCUUUGAUAGCCAACGGUCUGGCAUCCCCAUGACCAGCAUGAGCGACAGGCCCUCACCUCUGCCUCCAGAAAGCCGCAGCGGAUCCACUUUCGACGUGACCUCUGAUGUUCAGUUCAGCCCGCGGGCACUGAAGAAGAAACAGAAAGAGUUGCAAAAUCGAGAAGCGAUGCUGAGGAAAAAGGAGGAGGAGCUAUCGAAGAGGGAAGCAUCGCUUGGCAUCAUGACCAAGAAUUUUCCACCAUUCUUCCCCUUAAUCCGUAACAACAUCAAGGAGGAUGUGCCGGACUAUCUACAAGGCUUAAUGUACCUUGGCUUUUGGGUCUGGAUGGGAGCAAUGGGGUCGCUUUUCUACAAUCUCAUCCCCAUUACAGCAGCAUGGAUUGGUGGCGCUUAUGAGAACUCUUCUGGAUUUGGAAACUUCUUCAUGGCGUUGCUUUACUUCAUUCUCGGGGUCCCGGGCUCCUAUUUCUUUUGGUACUCACGGUUGUACUAUGCCAUGCGCAAGGACAGUGGUGUUGGCAUGGCUUUCUUCUUCUGUGGAUUCAUGACCCACAUCAUCUUCUUCAUAUUCGCUGCUGUAUCUCCUCCAUUUACAAUUGGCACUGCUUUUCAAGGAAGCUCAUUUGCGUAA